AUGCAGCGCAUGCAGAGGAUUACGGGGCGUUUCCUCACCAGGACGCCCAAUGAAGCCGAUGUCGAAUCCAUGUUGAAGGACUUUAACGACUCCAAGACUAUGUUGGAAAAGCUCGAAGCGUCAGCAAAGCAAUGGCGGGACGCGUGGACCAACAUCCUCAACCAUCAACUCACUUCGGUCGAGCUACUAUACACCAUUUUCAAACCACUCGGCGGCGAAGGCUCCAACAGCACCCAUGUACAUGCCGAAACUCCUUCUGCCGUCCUGGAGCGUGUCCACGCCCUCCAUGAAGCCUUUUCGGAACUGAAGACGGAUAUGAUGGAGGAGGUCAAAGACAUCGACAGGAAACUGGUCAUACCGGCAAAGCUCGCUCGAGAUGCAUUGAAGCCCAUGGAGAAGGCUAUCAAGAAGCGGGAAGAUGCGAAGGUCGAUUAUGAGCGCUACAAGAGCCGCUGCGAAGCCCUCCAGGCCAAGAAGACGCGUUCGGAGCGCGAAAACAGCGCUCUCGCCAAACACGAAGUCGAUCUCGAGCGCUCUACCCACGCAUACCAGCUUGCUGACGAGAAUCUACGAGAACGUCUACCACGUCUGAACGCCGCGACCUUCUCAAUCCUACCGCACCUCCUAGCGAACCAGAUCGUCCUACAGAACAACUUGAUUGGGAACUUGUAUACUGUACUGCACCAGUACUCUCACGAGCAAGGAUACCCCGACCCACCACCUGAGCCGGAAGAAGUCAUACCAUUAUGGGACUCAAACUUCACACCACUGCGCCAGGAGAUGGAGACAAGCUUGGGCUUGCUCAAGACCGGCAAGGCAGUCCACAUGCCGAUGCGACUACCGGACAAGGGAGAUACACUGACAGGCCUAGGCAUUAGAAAUAAGGUCAUGCCUGGUAGGAGAGCCAGCAGCAACGACAGUGUGCCUACCAUCACCGGAGGCGGACGACCUGCGCGACCAUCCCAGACCCUUUCGUCCACUUCCGAAAGCGGUCCACCUAUAAGUCUCUCUAGCAAGCCUUCAUACAGCUCUCUUAGCGCCUCAAAGCCAAAGAUAGGUGGCUCACCCCAUCUGAGCGCUGGUCAGGACAUGUAUGGCCGCCGUGCCUCCUCCACCUCCCAGGCUUCCUCGUACUCAAAUGGAACAAAUGGUGAUUCCUACUUUAACAAAACCCCUGCCUCGAAUGGAUCGACUCCAAGCGGUUAUCCCUCAUCGCCUAACCCAGCAGCAGGGAAGAAAAAGCCGCCUCCACCGCCCCCUAAGAAGAUUGGAUCGUUUCAGUCUGAGUACGUGACGGCCAUGUAUGAUUUCGACAGUCUUACUCCUGGCGACUUAAACUUCAGAGAGGGCGACCGUAUUCGCGUGGUGAAGAAGACUGAAAGCUCGCAAGACUGUAUGAACGAGAAGACGACUGAACAGACUAGCAGCGCAUUGAGACCACCCUUCUCCUCUCGUCCGAUUCCACCUCCCUCCACGGCUGCAAACUCCAGCAACCCCACAGCACGUGAACUCGUGCAUCAAAAUGGUCAUAUCGACCCCAACCAGGGUCACGCUUUGGCGAGCGGGCAGCCUGUGCUGGACUCAGUCACAACCAUACCGCUAACGCCGGAAGACUCUCUUCCCACCAUAAGCGGCAGGAACAACGAGGCAUACCUCGCCAACGAUGACCCUCGCCAGUUCCUGAAACAGGAUCUCGACCUCUCGCGCCUCAAUCGCAUACAUGGACACCUAUGGAUGGCAGGCCGGCCGAUGCGCGCUAGACCGUUGCACAGAUACAGGAUGCUGGGCAUGGAAGUGCUAGGCACACAACAGAUGGACCUACAUUUGUUGAAAUAUUCAAACAAACUGCUAGUCAAGCCGCUGUCAGAGUGGAUGCUCAGCUAUGACUUUUGGAGAGAGCACAUCUGCCAACCAGGCGAUGCUGAUUUUAACAACAAUGUCAAGAGAGAAGAAGGCUGGCUGUGGAAGAGUGCCGCAGGGUUUCUGGUGAGCUAUGUAUGGCUCAUCACUACACCACUCGACUUGAAGAUUGCACACGAAUGCACGCUCCUACCAAGUUUCAUAACUUGGCACUGGUGGAAAGACUUUGUGAGGGAUUUCAUGCACCAUGUGGAUAUCAACACGCUACAUCAGGUGAAUAAGCGGUAUCAGUUCGGCGAUCUGAGGUUAGGAAGAAUCAACAGCACCUAUCGGAUACGGUAUGCACAUACGCACUUUGUUAGAGGAUAUCUCUACGGAUACAAUCGCUACGUGAUCUUCUUCCAGCGAAACUUCUCUUGGAUCCUUAUCGUAUUCGUCUUCUUCAGUCUCGUCCUUUCCGCUAUGCAAGUCGGUUCAGGCCUCAAAGAACUCGAAGAUAACUAUGCAUUCCUUCGCGCCAGUUACGUUUUCGUUGUGUUUAGCAUGAUUUCCGUAGUUGCUGUGCUUGCAUUUGUGACUAUCGUCUUUAUCGGCAUCUUUCUCUUCAACAUGGUAAAAGCGAUUGCGCACGCGGCAAGUGAACCAAAGAAGAGGACAAAAGCAGCCGAGCAGAAGCAAGAGGCGGGUAAGAAUGUAUGA